CGUAGAUUAUGUAAAGAGGGGUCCCGUCGUUUUAUGAUCGCUUUGUCUCUCCCCUCCCCUCCCCCAAAAUUGAGGGAGUUGAUGUUUGUUUCCGUUGCCGUUGUUGUUGUUGCAGAGAAACACCCAGACAUAGAUAUAGAUUAGAUAGAUUCAUAGAGAGGGAGAGGACACUGCAUACACUCUAUCCUCCUUUUCACUCCACUACCUUCAUUCCUCUCCUCAAUGACUUGUUCUUCUUCUUCUUAUUCAUCCCACAUUCACAUUCACAUUCACAUUCAUAUUCCCCAUUUUCUAUGCCUUCUUAUCUAAUCCAAACCUUAUUAUUAUUAUUGUUGUUAUCUUCUCAAUUUCAUAUACCUACUUUUCCUUCCCCUCUCUUUCACAUUCUCUCAUUAAAUUGAUUCAUUUUACCAUUAACAUUAUUAUUAUCCCCUUUUCCCAUUCCGCAUUCAAUUUUCAAUUGCUGCAAAAUCUGCGAAACGGUGCGUUUUGACAUUGGCGGUGGGAUUUCCAGCUUUCGUUUUGGAUCCGGUCAGGGCAGAAACAGCGCCACCACCGGAUGGCGCUGUUCCGGAGGUUCUUUUACCGGAAGCCGCCGGAUCGCCUCCUCGAAAUCUCUGAGAGGGUCUAUGUUUUUGAUUGUUGCUUCUCCACGGAUGUCUUGGAAGAAGAUGAGUACAGAGUUUAUGUUGGGGGCAUUGUAGCUCAGCUACAAGAUCACUUUCCAGAUGCUUCUUUCAUGGUGUUCAAUUUCAGAGAAGGGAACAGGCGCAGCCAAAUUUCAGACAUACUGUCUCAGUAUGACAUGACAGUUAUGGAGUACCCUCGGCAAUAUGAAGGUUGUCCACUUCUUCCUUUGGAGAUGAUUCAUCAUUUCCUUCGAUCAAGUGAAAGUUGGCUGUCUUUGGAGGGACAACAAAAUAUACUUUUGAUGCAUUGUGAAAGGGGGGGUUGGCCUGUGCUGGCAUUUAUGCUAGCUGGUCUUCUGUUGUAUCGGAAGCAAUACACUGGAGACCAGAAGACCCUUGAAAUGGUCUACAAGCAAGCUCCCAAAGAACUUCUUCAACUUUUAUCUCCUUUGAACCCACAGCCUUCUCAGUUAAGAUAUCUUCAGUAUAUUUCCAGGAGACAUUUGGGUUCUGAGUGGCCUCCAUCGGAAACACCCUUGUAUUUGGAUUGUCUGAUUCUUAGAGUCCUUCCAUUAUUUGAUGGCGGAAAAGGUUGCAGGCCUGUUGUACGUGUGUAUGGUCCGGACCCUUCAAAGCCUUCCAAUAGAAGUUCUCAGCUUCUUUUCUCAACUUCAAAAUCCCAAAAUCAUGUCCGCCACUACCUACAGGCAGAAUGUGUGCUCGUGAAAAUUGAUAUCCGUUGUCGUGUUCAAGGGGAUGUCGUUCUUGAAUGCAUACAUUUAAGUGAAGAUUUUGUUCGUGAGGAGAUGAUGUUUAGAGUCAUGUUUCAUACUGCAUUUGUACGGUCAGAUAUUUUGGUUCUGAGCCGUGAUGAAAUUGAUAUUUUGUGGGAUGCAAAGGACCAGUUCCCCAAGGAUUUUAAAUCUGAGGUGCUUUUUUUGGACGCUGAUGCUGUUCUACCUAAUAUAACCACAGUCAUUGUAAAUGGAGAUGCAAAUGAGCCAGAAGAAAGUGCUUCACCUGAGGAAUUCUACGAAGCGGAAGAGAUCUUCAGCAAUGUAAUGGAUAUACAGGAAGGUAAGGGGGAAUAUGAUUCUUCAAGGAUUCAUGAAGAUGCAGUAGAUGAUGGAAGUCAUAAAGAGGUCUGGAAAGAGUAUUCAGAUCCUCAUACUUCUCAGGAUUCUGUGCAAGAUGAUGGGAUUCAUCAACAUGUUGGAAGGGCAGAUGCUGAUAUUAGUAUGAUAAAAGACAUUAUUGUUGAUGAUGUGAAGUACAAGCUUGACCCGAGUGUGGAUUUUGAUUCUCAUGGUGUGAAAGAUAUUACAGUGGAUGAUGGAGAAAAUAAGUCAACUCAAACUGCAGCGACUUUUGAUAUGAUGAAUACUAUGGAGACAAAGGAAGUCACUAUGGAUAGGCAUGAUGAGUUGGCAGCUACGCAAAACAAGUUUGACAAAGAUAACAAUGCAACAAAAACAGAAUUAGAGUCUGAGGAAAUGCAGCUGGUGCAUGAUCAUUCCAGAUCAGAAUCAGAUAAAUUACUUCCAUCUGCUGAAAAGAAUCAACUUCCUUCAAACUCAAGUUCAGUGGGAGAUGCAGUUGCAGCAAAGCAAAAGACUAAACACCAUGAACAACAUGGUUUUCACCAUGAACAACAUGGUUCUCACCAUGAACAUGGUUUUCAUGCAAAACUAGCAAAACCAGAUGUGGCGCCUAGGUGGAUACCUUCCAACAAGGGUUCUUAUCAAGAUUCAUUGCAUGUCUCAUAUCCACCAACAAGGCAUAAUAAUUCACCUGCUGCUCUGUCAAAUGCUACUUCUGCAAACGAGAAAAUGACUGAUGCCAAAGGAAAAUCUGCUUCUGGUUCUCAUGUCUCUAGAGCAAUGGUUUCUACAGACAUGACAAGUGCAAUUAUGUCAGAAGUUUGUGAAUCGCUUGGCGCAGUUUCCCUUCCUUGUCCUCCUCCACCACCACCACAACCACCACCUCUUCCUCCACUCCCUCCCUCUACUCCAAUGUCUUCAGCAGAUAGAGCUCCACUCCCUCCUCCCUCAACACCUCCAAAAUCACUUAAAGCUCUACCUCCACCUCCACCCCCUCCUUCAGCUCCUUUUAUUGCAGGAAGUGCAAUUAUUUCAAAAGUUUCUAAAUCAGUUGGUGAUGUUUCCCUUCCUUGUUCUCCUUCACCACCACCACCACAACCCCCUCCUCCAUCUCUACCCCCAACCACACCUCCUCCGGCUUCCGUUAUUGCAGGAAGUGCAAUUAUGUCAGGUGAAGCUUCUUUUCCUUGUUCUCUUCCAUCACCACCACAACCACCACCUCCUCCUCCAAAGUAUGGCGUUACAACCAUACCUCCUUCUCCUCCUUUACUCAUGUCUGCAACAGAUAGAGCUCCACUCCCUCCUCCCUCAACACACCUAACAUCACUUACAACUCCAUCUCCUCCAAGCUCACGCACAACAAUAACCCAAACUCCACUUCCUUCACCACCACAACCACCAUCUCCUCCCCCAAAGUAUGGCGUUGCAACCAUACCUCCUCCACCUCUGCCUAUGUCUUCAAUAGAUAGAACUCCACUCCCUCUGCUGUCAACACCCCUAACAUCACUUGAUGCUCCACCUCCAACCCCAACUCUGUCCCCACCCCCACCCCCACCCCCAACCCCACCCCAACCUUUACCACCACUUCUCACUUCUUCUCCUGUAUGCAGAGCUCCACCACCACCACCUUUUGAUAUAGUUACAUCUCCUUCACUUCAACCUCCUCUUAGUAUAGCUUCACCACCACCACCCCCACCUCCACCGCCACCGCCACCUCUUCCUUCAUCAAGUUCCCCACCUCCACCUCCUUUAUAUAGAGAGCCACUACCUCCACCUCCACCUCCACCGCCACCUCCUCCUCCAUCAAGUGCCCCACCUCCCCUACCUGGAGCGCCACCAACUCCUCCUCCACCUCCUGUACCUCCCCUAAUGCAUGGAGCGCCACCACCUCAACCUUCUCCAGGUAGCCAAGGCCCACCUCCAGGUGUCCGAGGCCCACCCCCUCCACCCCCGCCUCCUGUAGCUCCCCCAGUGCAUGAAGCGCCACCACCUCCACCUCCACCUCCUCCAGGUAGCCAAGGCCCACCUCUAGGUGUCCGAGGCCCACCCCCUCCACCCCCGCCUCCUGUAGCUCUCCCAGUGCAUGGAGCGCCACCACCUCCACCUCCUCCAGGUAGCCAAGGCCCACUUCCAGGUGUCCGAGGCCCACCCCCUCCACCCCCACCUCCUGUAGCUCCCCCAGUGCAUGAAGCGCCACCACCUCCACCUCCACCUCCUCCAGGUAGCCAAGGCCCACCUCCAGGUGUCCGAGGCCCACCCCCUCCACCCCCACCUCCUGUAGCUCCCCCAGUGCAUGGAGCGCCACAACCUCCACCUCUUCCAGGUAGCCAAGGCCCACCCCCUCCACCCCUACCUCCUGUAGCUCCCCCAGUGCAUGGAGCUCCACCACCUCCAGGUGUCCGAGGCCCACCACCUCCACCUCCUCCUAGAAGUCAGGCUCCUGGUGCUCCUCCUCCUCCAGGUGGCGCACCUCCACCACCUCCUCCCCUUGGUUCUAAAGGGGCAGUGGGAGCGGAUCCAAGAGGAAGAGGGCGCGGACUUGCACGUCCAGGUGCUAGUGCAGUGGCAGCCCGACAGUCCAAUUUAAAGGCUCUGUAUUGGAGUAAGGUCUCAACAGCAAUGAAAGGAAGUUUAUGGGAAGAAUUACAAAGACCCGGAGAAUCUCAAAGUGGACAAGAGUUUGACGUUUCAGAGAUAGUGAAGUAUUUUUCUGCAAAUGUUCCAAAACCUGCUGAUUCUGGUGGUAAAUCUGGAGGGCGAAACAAAUCUGCUGGAUCCAAACCUGAAAAAAUCACCUUGGUUGACCUAAGGAGAGCCUACAAUACUGAAAUUAUGCUCACAAAGGUUAAGAUGCCACUUCCUGAUAUGAUGGCUGCAGUUCUAGCUUUGGAUGAAUCGGUGUUAGAUGUUGAUCAGGUGGAAAAUCUCAUCAAAUUUUGUCCUACCAAAGAGGAGAUGGAACUGUUGAAGGCAUAUACUGGUGACAAGGAAAAUUUGGGAAGGUGUGAACAGUAUUUUUUGGAGCUGAUGAAAGUGCCUCGAGUGGAAUCAAAAUUAAGAGUUUUUGCUUUCAAGAUUCAGUACGGUUGUCAGAUUACAGAGUUUAAGAGGAGUUUAAACACGGUGAACUCUGCCUGUGAAGAGGUCCGCAAUUCGCUAAAACUGAAGGAGAUUAUGAAGAAAAUUCUUUAUUUGGGUAAUACAUUAAAUCAAGGAACAGCAAGGGGAUCUGCUGUUGGAUUCAAGUUGGAAAGUCUUUUAAAGCUCACUGAUACUCGUGCUUCUAACAGUAGAAUGACACUGAUGCAUUAUCUUUGCAAGGUCCUAGCCGAAAAGUCUCCUGGACUCCUUGAUUUUCACCUGGGCCUUGUUAGCUUGGAAACAGCCACUAAGAUACAACUAAAGUCAUUAGCAGAAGAAAUGCAGGCAAUCAUCAAAGGAUUGGAAAAGGUUAAACAGGAGCUUGCUGCAUCGGAAAAUGAUGGCCCUGUGUCCGAAGUUUUCCGUAAGACAUUGAAAGAAUUCGUUGGUGUAGUUGAGUCAGAGGUGGCAUCUCUAACAAACCUAUAUUCUGUAGUGGGCAGAAAUGCAGAUGCACUUGCACAAUACUUUGGUGAGGAUCCUGCCCGUUGUCCAUUUGAGCAAGUUACAGCAACUCUAUUAAAUUUUGUAAGGUUGUUUCGCAAAGCGCAUGAAGAGAAUUGCAAACAAGCAGAGUUAGAUAAAAAGAAAGCUGAGAAAGAGGCUGAAAUGGAGAAGGCCAAAGGCAUUGACUCAACUAGCAAGAGUGGAAAAGAUAAAGAAGGCAAAAGCUGAGAAAGAGGCUGAAAUGGAGAGGGCUAAGGGCAUUAACAUGACAAGGAAGAGUGCAAAAGAUAGUCGAAGACUGGGUUAUCUGCUCCUUUGCACCACCAUCUUUCUCUUGCCGAAGAGAAGAGAUAUACCUGAGGGUAGUAAGAGGACAGCUUUUGAGACAGAAUGUAGUGGCCUCCCUUUCAAAAAUGAUGGUGUGGCAAUUAGCCUCUGCAGGUCAUCUAAUGGGGUCGAAUGACAAAUUCUUGCCACUUGCAGAUCUUUGAACAUACAAAGGCUUAGGAGUUGAUUCUUUGAUGGUAUCUUGCCGAAUCGGUAACUUGUUGAUCUAUCACAGAAGAAUACUAUGGACAGAUGAGAUCGCUGGAGAAUCCAUCUGCAUCCAGUGAAUACUAUGAAAACAAUAGAUCCGGUCAUUCAAUUUAAGAAGAAAUUUUGAUGAAGACUGGCUUUGGCUUUCACCAGAGCACAUGCUUUUGGAUUGUGAAGCACCAAAGUCCAAAAGUUGUACUAUGAAACCUUGUACAGAGUUCUAACCCUUUUCUUUAGGAUCCAAUUCUUUCUCAUUUGACAUAGAGAUUAGUUGAUAUUUUUCCUUUUAAUAGAGAUUUUGGUAGGAUACCCCAAAAUGCAUGUUGUACAGCAUCAGGUUAAGAAAAGAAUUAGAAAUCAGGUCUCUGUACUGUAACUUUAAUAUAAGUUGAGGCUAGGCCAAGUUAGAAAUGCUAGUUUCAUUUAUCUUGUGAAAUGUAAUACACAUUAGUGUAGUGUAAAAGCUUCUUGUUUCAUUUUAUUGUCCCUAGUUUAGUAUAUGAAAUUUAGCACCCUGGACAAAGUGCAAUUGUGUAUACAUUUUGGUAAUAGAAAGACACAUUGCAAAUUCA